GUUUGGAUAAAAAAUAACAUAAUAAAACAAUUCCUAAAAAUAAAACAAAAAACUGAAAAACCAGACGAGAAUUUUCCUAUCUCUUUCUCUUUGUAUUGCAGUCUGCCAAACGGAACAAUUUACCACUCUCCCAAUAAGGAAAUUCUUCUUCAGUCCAGUGAUAGUAUUAUAGUGGAGAGUCGAAAAGUGUUUGGUUUGGUUAUCUUAACAUGGGUCCAUUUACACUGGCUGUUGACACCAAGAGCUCUUCUCUAGUAUCUUCUGAUGUAUCAAAUAGGAAGAUUAAAAACUUACAGCUGCAAACAAAGAAGUGCUUUGCAUCAGUCAGCAUGGAAGAGGAAAAGCCUUUUGAUUUUCUUCGUAUUUUAUUUGAGGGAAUCAUAGCCGGAGGUACAGCUGGUGUUGUGGUUGAAACUGCUUUAUACCCAAUUGAUACAAUAAAGACACGGCUGCAGGCAGCUCGCGGUGGAGGUAAAAUAGUUUUGAAGGGGCUUUAUUCAGGAUUAGCUGGUAAUCUUGCUGGUGUCCUACCGGCUUCUGCUUUGUUUGUAGGUGUGUAUGAACCUACUAAGCAGAAACUAUUGAAGCUCUUCCCAGAAAAUCUUAGUGCCGUUGCUCACUUGACUGCAGGAGCCAUAGGAGGAAUUGCCGCUUCACUUAUUCGUGUUCCAACUGAGGUUGUAAAGCAAAGGAUGCAGACUGGGCAGUUUACUUCUGCAUCUAAUGCUGUUCAUGUUAUUGCAUCAAAGGAGGGAUUUAAGGGCCUCUAUGCGGGUUAUGGAUCUUUUUUAUUACGAGAUUUGCCAUUUGAUGCCAUUCAAUUCUGCAUCUACGAGCAAAUUAGAAUUGGUUACAAGGCAGCGGCUCGAAGAGAUUUAAAUGAUCCUGAGAAUGCUAUUAUUGGUGCUUUUGCUGGUGCGUUGACUGGAGCAAUAACAACUCCCCUGGAUGUUAUUAAAACGAGGUUAAUGGUUCAGGGAUCAGCAAACCAGUACAAGGGAAUCUUUGAUUGUGUUCAAACUAUUCUUAGGGAGGAAGGCCCCUCUGCUCUUCUUAAGGGCAUUCAGCCAAGAGUGUUGUGGAUCGGUAUUGGCGGUUCAAUCUUUUUUGGCGUCCUCGAAAGCACGAAACGACUACUUGCAGAGAGGCGUUCCAAACCCACUCAGCAAUCAAAGCAUGAUUAACUCCUUUUACCGAUCUCAGAUGUUUCUGAGUUUUAAGUUGUUUUCUGUUUUAACUUCUUUAAAAGUUCCUUCAGAAGGGGGAAAAUGUUAAUGGAGAAGAAAGCAUUUUGUAAGGAUCGAUUUUCGUUUAACAAGAAAAAUGAUUUUUUUUUAUUACCUAA